GUUACCGAUUGCAGUCCCUUCGCAUUUGAAGACAACCUUUGUGACAGCGUUCGUCGCCUUUCAUGGCUGAAGUCUUCUUUUCCACUUCACCAUGGGUGUCACCGGCCUCUGGAACGUCGUCCACCCAUGUGCCCGUCCGAUCAAGAUCGAAACGCUGAACAAGAAGCGUCUCGCUGUCGACGCUUCGAUCUGGAUCUACCAGUUCCUAAAGGCCGUGCGCGACAAAGAUGGCAACGCGCUGCGCAACAGCCAUGUGGUCGGCUUCUUCAGGCGAAUAUGUAAAUUGCUGUAUCUUGGCAUCAAACCCGUGUUCGUGUUCGACGGUGGAGCCCCCGCGCUGAAGAGGCAGACGAUCAAUAACCGCAGAAGAAGACGCGAGGGUCGUAGAGACGAUGCCGUCAAGACGGCAGGUAAGCUGCUUGCCUUGCAGAUGCAGCGGAUGGCGGAGGAGGAAGAGAACAGACGCAAAGAUGCUCGGGACAAGCCCGCGCCUGCGGAGGAGGAGCCUCUUCCCGACGAGCUGGUGUAUGCGGAGGAGAUUGCGUUGACGGCGCAAGAGCGUCAGAAGAACCGCACCUUCAAGAAGCAAGAUGCCUAUCACCUGCCAAACCUCGAUGCGGACCUAGCGCAGAUGGGUCAGCCUAACGAUCCGAGGAUCAUGAGCUUGGAGGAGCUGCAGCACUACGCGAACCAGUUCCAGAGCGGCGAGGACAUCAACGUGUACGACUUUUCGAAGAUCGACUUCGACAGUCCCUUUUUUACAAGUCUGCCGGCAAGCGACCGGUACAACAUCCUCAACGCCGCGCGACUGCGAAGCCGACUGAGAAUGGGCUAUUCGAAGGAGCAGCUCGACGUCAUGUUCCCGAAUCGCAUGGACUUCUCCCGAUUCCAAAUCGAGCGCGUGAGGGAGCGUAACGAACUUACGCAGCGGCUCAUGCAGAUCAACAACGCCGAGGGCGAUCUCACCUUCGGAUCCGGUGCCAUGAGCAGAAUAGCAGGAGAAAGAGGCAGAGAGUAUGUGCUCGUACGCAAUGACGGUGUAGAGGGCGGUUGGGCCCUAGGCGUAGUUAGCAACGAGGGGAAGAAAGAUCAGCCGAUCGAUGUUGAUGCUGAAGAAAACGCCACAGAUCAAGAAGGAGAAUCGGACGAGGACAUCGAGUUCGAGGACGUGCCUAUCGAAGGUGUUAACAGGCUCCCUAAGCGACCGCAGCCUACUCAUCCUGCAGCCGAUCUUCUACGCCGAGAUAUGGACCGUCGAAAAGCGUUGUAUGGUGCACGAAGACGCAAAGCUGGCAGUACGCGCAGAGGGGCAGCGGCCGAAAGUCGAGAUUCACUGUUUGUACAGUCAGACUCUGAAGCAGAGGACGAGGAAUGGGAAGAUGUCUUCGAGGAUGCUGCCGGCCAAGAUGCGAUCAUGGUCGACGAAGAUGAGGACUUGCAAAGAGCAAUCGCACUGUCGAUGCAACAGAACACGGUAGAGAACGGUGGCGAGGACGAUGACGAGGACGACUACCGCGAGGUAUUUGCACAAAGAAGGGCUGCUGAUGCGAACCCAUUCGCAAACGCCGGUGGGAAAGCAAUUGCACACGUCGCUAACGUCCGGUCUCACGAGGCUACUUCAAAAUUAUCCGCUCUGGAAGAAAGUGAUGACGAAGAUGCAAUAAAUUUCCAAGCAGCUCUAAUGGAAUCACGAAAUGCCAAACAAAAACAGAAGUCGCCGGCAUCUGCAAGAAUUGUGCCUGCAGCGAGGCCGGACUCGCCUUCGGUUACUGCUCGCGCUGCAGGAUUUGAUGGACCGCUACCAUUUGAGAAGCUCAGUCUAGGUUCGUCCUUGCUAGGAAAAAAGAAGAUGGAUAAACUUGAGCAAGAUCAGGCAGGCGGGUUUGAGCGCCAGCUAGUCGAGCCAAAGCCGAAAAAAGAGGAAGCCAGGCCGCUUCCGCCUUGGUUUACAGGUGACCUUGACCACGACAUGGCUGCGCAGAGAAAGGUAGAACAGGAGCAGCGGGAGCGAGACCUGAAGUUGGCACAGCGAGCGGCUGAAAGCAGGCAGUUUGAGUUUCAACCUCGUGAGAGGAUUCGCCAGCAUCAGAACCAUGAGGUUAUCGAUCUCGAGGCGGAACCAGAGAAGGCUCAGGAAGUAAUUAUUGUUGAUUCAGAGCCUGAGCUUGACCCCGAUAUGUCACAAACGCAAGCUUUCCCUGCCGGCCUGCCUGCAUCCAAACCGGACCACUUGAACGAGGAAGCAGUAAUACAACCCCAGAAGGAAGAAGUUGCACUUGGAGAUGUUUCACCGCAUUCUGCACUACCACCGACUCAGAUGGAGUCGGGUGGGCUGAAUAUCAGCGCAGCCGAUUCACAAGCAGUCGAACACCAUUUCGAGUGGGAGGCCAGCGACAACGAGCCUGAGGAAACACGAUCUCCCAGGUCGCCGAAGCAAGUGAAUGAACCAAAGCCGGGCGGUACUGAAUCUGGAGACUCUGAUGAGGAAGACUUUGAGGAUGUAGUUCUUGACGCCCCGUCCUCCGAUCCUCACGCUCAAGAAUCAACUUUUCUACCCCCCACCCAGCCGGUUGAAUCGUCCACAACUCCAGAGCUGACGAAUCCAGCUCGAUCUGAAGAGGCGAUAGAAUUUGAAGUCGCGGAAGAUGAGGAUGUGUACUCUGACCCCGAAGACGAGGAGCUCAUUCUUCAAAUGAUGCAAGAAGAAGAGGAGCAUGCUAGAUUCACGUCUAGUCUCAAUCAGAGAACGGUACAGCAGAAUAUUGCAGACUACGAGAGAGAGCUUAAACAGUUACGAACCCAACAAAAGAAGGAUCGUCGGGACGCGGAUGAAGUAAUACAGACGAUGAUCACUGAGUGUCAACAGCUACUCACGCUUUUUGGCUUGCCGUACAUCACGGCACCGAUGGAGGCGGAAGCGCAAUGUGCGGAACUUGUUAGGCUCGGCCUCGUCGACGGCAUCGUGACCGAUGACUCCGACGUGUUCUUGUUUGGAGGAACGAGAGUAUACAAGAAUGUUUUCAACCAGGCAAAGUUUGUGGAAUGUUAUCUGGCCACAGAUCUUGAAGCUGAAUUUGGCCUCACAAGACAGCGACUCAUAUCCAUCGCACAACUCCUAGGCAGCGACUACACGGAAGGACUGCCAGGUAUCGGCCCGGUCACGGCAUUAGAGAUCCUGUCCGAGUUCGACGAUCUAGUCGCGUUCAAAGAGUGGUUCAACGCCGUGCAGCAGGGUCAGCGCUCAAAGGACGCUGACGCCAACAGCGCUUUUCGAAAGAAAUUCCGUCGCAACGCGGCAAAAAUCUUCCUGCCCGUGUCUUUCCCGAAUCCCCAGGUAGAGAAGGCAUACCUCGAGCCGGAAGUUGACUCCGACCCUUCAGAAUUCGUAUGGGGUGUUCCGGACCUUCAGGCCUUGCGGGCGUUUCUCAUGAGCACGAUUGGUUGGAGCAACGAGCGCGUCGAUGAGAUCUUGGUGCCUGUCAUCAGAGACAUGAACCGUCGUGAACAAGAGGGCACGCAGGCAAACAUCACAGCGUUCUUUGGUGGCGGUGUGGGAGCUGGUGCGUUCGCACCGAGGCGUCGUGCAGAAGGUACUAGUAAGAGAUUGGAAAGCGCUCUUCACAAGAUCGGUGACAGAGCAAAGGGCAACAUCAGACGCGAUGACGAUAACGAUAAGGAAGACGACGAGGCGCUCCUCGGUCGACGAGACGGCUCUAGGUCAAGGAAUGGAAAGCGGACCAAGCGCGUGACGGGCCGAUCAGAGACUCUCGGUGCAGAAGAGGACGACGAGAACUUUGAAGAGCCACAAAAGAAAACCAGAAAGAUAGCAACAGCGCGUUCCAAGACGUCUGCUCAACCCCAUGAUUGAUCAUAUGUGUAAAUGUACUAUAGAACGAGCGGCUUUGUCCUCAUCCCAAGACGAUGUGAACACUUCAGAUCUAUAGAACCUCCGUACUCUCGU